UGCAGUUGAAGUCCGCCAUUAGAGCCUGAGAGUGCCUUGGAAGAUGAGUGAAGAAACGGGUCUAGAAGAAAAGCCGAGUGAGCUCACCGAAGAGCAGAAACUGGCGCUCAAGUUUCCGGGGAAGAAACCAGUGGCCACUGAUAUUUUGAAAAAGAGAAUGCAAAGAGGGGUUAAAUAUUUUGAUUCUGGCGAUUACGCCAUGGCGAAGAGCGAGAAAAAAGCCGGUCCUGCCGCAGCGGCCAUUGGCAACAGAGGGAAAUUACCGAUGGGAGUCGGAAAAGCCAUUCCCACACCCGACAACAUCCCACACAGGAAAACUUCUGUGCCUACGGACUAUCACACUCGUGCAAGAAGUGGAGAGUUUAACCUUGUAAUGGAUCAGUAAACUUCUGGUUUGGAGAGUGCACAAGACUUCAUCCUCAGUUAAACUUAAAGUGACACUUUAAUGGUCAGCAGAAGUGUGCAUGAUUCAUUAAUUUUCUGAAGUGAUAAUGCUUUACAUGAUUUUAUGAAGUAGUGUAACAUAAAUGCUGUACUUGCCUUUAAAGUUUGUAACACUUUCACUAUUUUUUGGGAUAAAAUGUUCUCUUUCUCAGCUUAUCUACUGCUUCAGCUAUCAUAACUUGACAUGAUUAACUUUGUAUUGAGUUAUUCACUGAAGAAAAACUAUUUUUUGUUAAUAAGUAAUUGUAUAAUAACUUGGUUAAAUAAUUAUUUAUGGCUUUUCUUUAUUCAAUUGCAUAGGGCAUAGGUUUCCCUGCAGCAUGAGCUUUAGUUCUCAAACAACUUGUUUGUGCUUUCUAAGUGCCAGCUGCAUGAUUAUGUAUACAUUUUCCUUGUACAUUCAUUAUUUAUAAAACUGAAUUAUCAUCAUUUAAGCAUGUUUAUAGUUGUCUGCAGUUGCUACUUUAAAGGAGAAAUACUCAGCUACUUAACUAGUUUUGUUCAGAAAAAGGUAGAAACUGUGUAUUAAAAGGUACAAAUUGCUAAGAAAGUCCUAGCUCAAACAAAUCUUUCCUCCAACAGUCUAAUGCUAAAACAGGUUGGUGAACUCUUAAACUUCUUGUAAAAUUGUUGGAAUGAAAUAAAGUUACCCUAACAUAUUAUAUCAGAUAAGAUUUCUUUAGUUGGCAGUAAAGCAAUUUUCUAAGUGUCAAGAGUGACUUUCCUCUGCUUUUCUCUUUCCAGUAAUUUUUUUUUUUAAAAACUUGUAGUUUAUUAUUAAUAGAUAGAUUGAAAAAAUGAAUCGUCAAUUAUGAUAUGCUCAUUUUUGUGGCUUACUCAAUUAAAACCUGAUAAAGAAGGAGAAUAUUUUAAUUUUUGAAGACCUUUCACCUUUAUGCUUCUAAUUUAUUGGUCUGCAUUUUUUGCUGACUGGAGUUCUUAAUUAACAAGAGGAAGGGAGAGGGCUAAGGGAGAACGUAAAUCUUGUCAUCAGAGUGAGUCACUAGUGCUGUAUUGACCUGAGCUACUACCACACCUGUGCAGGUUUUCAUUCAUUUGGUUAAAGCUGUGACUAUUCUUCACUCGCAGAUGCAUUAUUAUACUUCAAUUGAAUCCAGGACUUUUUGCUACCUGUCAAUUCUAGUCUAUCCCAAAGUGGUACAUACAGGUACUUGUGCCUAACAGCAUUCGUUAGAAAUAAAAACCCAGACUGAUGUUUUUGAUUACCUUUUAAUUAUUUGAUUGAAGUUUCAAAGGAUCUUCAGAUUAGUGCUUACAAAGGAUUUAGUUAUGAGGUGAGGCAUUGAAUUUUGAGGGACAGUUCUCUCUCUUGAAGCAAACAAUUCAUAUCAAUUUGUAGUCAUUAUCUCAUUUAGAUGUGUCCUUAAAACCCUUUAACUAUGGAAUAUUUCAGAUAGUAGGAGCACUCUUAUUGGUACAUUGGUGUGUUUAGAUGCAAGUAUGUAAACACGGUUGUCACAACAGCGUUGAUGUCUUCCCAUCUUUGCACGAAUAUAGCCUGCUUUUGCUUAAUUGUUAAUCAUACUUUCUAGCAAUACCUGAUUGUCUUUCAGAAAGAAACACCAUAAAGAACAGUGUGAUACUCAUGUUUUUAUAUUCUUAUAUUUGACCAAAUAAUCAUACAGGUUGGCAAGCUCAAGAUGACUUUCAUCAAGAUUGAAAUUUGGUGGCUAAGAUAUCAGUGAUUUGUAACACUGUAAUUAAGCUUUAAACUAUUUAAAUCUACUUUAAAAUAUUUCUUUAAAGCAUGUUAAAAAACUAUUGAAUGUAAGAUAAAGUUCAACUCAGUUAAAUCAUGAACUGGAGUCAAAAGUAUUAGUGGAUGAAAUUGUGCACCAUAAAUCUAAAAGCAAUAAAGUUAACCUUGUUGACA